UUCAAAAUAAAGCCGCUUUCACGAAUGCCCAUUCAAAACGCCAAUGUAUACCUGGGGAUCGAUACUUGAGGUAUUUGACGAUGCGAAUAAUUGCUUAUUUACUGGCACGACCUAUUUGAACCUCGACUUGAUUAUUGUGGAAUUCAAUGCGACACCUGAUUACUUUGAAAAGCAUGGAACGGAUAAGUUUCAUGCGAGCUUAGCGAGUCGCUUAAUGGCGUCACUGGAUGAAGCGUCUCAAAUGAGGGAAGAUGCUGCGGCCUUUUUCGACAUAACCACCGGCGUGGUCAUGAGGAUAGCAAGAUAGAAAACAACCUUAGUGAAGCCCGGCCGGAGGGACCGAAGUCCGCACCCAGAGACAAGAUGAAGAGAAGGCUGCUUCGUGGGCUCCUGUCGGAAAUCUGCAUCCGCUUGGCGCUCCUUGUGGUCUUCCUGGUGACGGAGCGGCUUCCGCCUUUCUACCGAGAGAUCCAGCCCGAGGAGAUAUGGUUGUAUAAAUUCCACCGGGUAGAGCAAGAUCACGUCCCCACACUUCUCAUGUUUAGCAUCGCCGUCUUCACGCCGCUAACGGUCAUCACGCUCUUCACCGUUCUGACGAAGCCAGAGCGAGGUGACGCCAAGGAGGCGUCGCUGGCCGUGACCUUGACGCUGGUGCUGAAUGGCGUUUUUACCAACGUCAUCAAACUGGCCGUGGGCAGGCCCAGGCCGGACUUCUUCUACCGCUGCUUCCCAGAUGGCCAAAUGAACCUGGAGCUACGCUGCAGCGGUGAUCCCGAUGUGGUCAUGGAGGGAAGAAAGAGUUUUCCCAGCGGACACUCUUCAUUUGCUUUUGCAGGGCUGGGCUUCGCAGCUCUUUACAUCGCCGGGAAGCUGCGGUGCUUCAGUGCGGCCGGCCGAGGCAAGGCGUGGCGGCUCUGCGCUUUCCUCACCCCCUUAGUCGUAGCGCUGACCAUCGCCCUUUCCAGAACCUGCGACUACAAACACCACUGGCAAGACGUGUUGGUGGGCUCUCUGCUGGGCCUGGCCAUUGCCUGGCUGUGCUACAGGCAGCACUACCCCGCGCUUCAUGACGUUGACUGCCACCGCCCCCUGAGUCACCAUGAGCUUGUCCCCGCCGCACAGCAACGCAAGCUAGCCAACUCCAACUACAUCCUGCCCAUGUAAAACAUCAGCCCGCUCGCUCGUGCUGGCGUACUGGCUGGCUGGCUGGCUGGCCGGCUGGCUGGUUGGUUGGUUGGCGGGCCGGCCGGCCGGCCGGCUGGCUCCUCGGUCGCAUGUCACGACUCUUUUGAAAGUGUCCACUGUGGGAGCUUGACCUUUGGUAAGGCCGGUGCUAGAAGGACAAUUGAGUUGGAGCGUAUGAGAGCAGGAAAAAGGCCCGUAGAAAGUCUUUUGGAAGGGACAUUGAUGCAACCUUGCUAGGUGAUGCUGCUCCUGUCGCUCACCAUUUUAAUCCUGUUCAUAUUCCAGGGUGAUGUAUGCACACUUUUUUGUGGGUUCUAAUUGAAGUUGGUGUGGUCAAAGGAAACAGGCAAACCUCUGAUUUUUGUGUGUGUGUGUGUGGGAAGGGUGAAAUCAGCCAAAGUUUCGCAGGGUAUAAGCACUUUUGCUGGUCGCUGUGAAUGCAGCUGAAAUGCGCUGAUUGCAGUUGAUAUCAGACCAAACUUGGCCAAGAUUUGGUGCCUUUUUUUAUUUCCAGCAUUGUCCCGCUUGUGAUAUGUACACUGCUUUGCAUUCCAUCCUUGUUCAGGUUUUGACAUUGUUACUAAUGAUUAUUGAAAUGUGACAUGAUGCUUCUCGUAUAGGAAAGAAAUCAUUGUUUUUUUUUAACUCCAAACAGAAAUGGGAUGUCUUAACGAAACGUUGUUUAUAAUUUAUUUGUGAAUUUCAUAAUUCCACUAUAGCCGUUUUUUUAUGGUGUACUGUAUGAGCAUUUGUUCCAAAUUUGGGGCAUGUAGAAGUUUGACUUGAACUUCCAGGGUUUAUUUGCCCCAAAUGUGAUCGUGUUUGUAGAAGCACGGGUCCGGGUCCCUUGACCAAUUAAACAAAUGCAGUAGGCACUUGAAAUCUUGCAUGUUUCCCCAUGUAUGUAUAUUUAAAAAAAAAAAAAAGUCUCUCCACAUACUUUUUUAUUUCGAGGCUGGAAAGUGUGUUUUUAUUCGAUUUUUCUUGUCUUAAAUCAGGUUGUUGAAUAGCUCUCUAAUACUCCAUAUUUGGUCGCGUACAAACACUUCGCAUUAUGGUUCUGUUUUGUUACUGUCAGGCACGUCUUUGUUUUGCCUUGUGAGGAGGACCAUUAGCAAGCACUUGAUGCUGUGAUGUCAUUUGGUCGCAGUAAAUCCUGUUUGUACAGAA